CAUGAAAAGAAAAAAAAAACCCUGCCGAAGGCGAAACAAAGCAAGGGUUUGUAGAGGCAGGCAGCCUUCAGCUUCCUUCUUUACUCUUUGAAUUUCAAUGGGUAGUAGCAGUGCUGUAGGGAAAACGGAGGAAGAGCUCCAACGAGAGAUCGAUGAGCUCCAUCGCCAACAGCGCCAGAUUUCGGAGCGCCUUCGUGAUCCUCGGGGACUUCGAAGGGGAGGCUUUUCCUCCGCCGCCGCCGCCGCCCCUCGAAACUUCGCUUCUAAUGGUGCUCGUAAUCGCGGCUUUGUUCGACCGGCUGAUAGGAACGAGGUAGAAGAUCAACCUCCUGCGAAAAGGCGACUUUUAUCUGCUGUUGUUAAGGUGGAGGAGGAUGGAGAGAUCAUUGAGGAUCCUGCCAGAGCAGAGGAUGUGAAGAAGCAGCAAUUGGCUGAGGAAGGAAAUGGUGACCCUGCUAAAGGGACUCUGGCUGAUGGAAAGCCUACCAUGUUAAGGCAAAGUGGUUGGUCUAGGAGAGAUGUCAAUCAAAGAGCAGUGAAGAGGGUGGUUGAAACUCCAGUGAUUGAGCCUGUUCCAAGGGUGUUACCCAAGAAUCAGGAUCCAAGCUUGGUUAGCAGAAACAAAAGAAUGCUGGGGCAACUUUUAGGUACUCUGGAGAAAUUCAGGAAAGAAGAUAUGAAACUUUCAGGCACUGAAGCAUUUAUACAAAGGUCAAAUGCCUUGCAAAGAGCUGAACAAAAAGCACGUGAAGAAAGUGAAAGGCUGAGGCAACAAGAGCGUGAACAAAUUGCUGAGCAGAGGAAGAAAGAUCUGACUCUCAGAGCACGCAUUGCUGCAAAGGCUGAAGAAAAGAAGUUGGAAUUGCUGUUUCUUCGCUGGAGUGAGCACCACAAAAAACUUAGCAAUUUUAUAAGGACCAAGGCAGAACCUCCAAUUUAUUAUUUGUCUAAAAAGCCGUUGGAAAAGGAUGCCACCUUACUUGACCAGCAAAGAGAACAGGCAUUUUUAGAAUGGAAAGCUGCUAGGAGAGAGGAAUUAUCUGAAUAUCAGAAGCAGAUUGGGGAUCAGCAUCUGGGCUAUGUGGAAAAGGAGUUGGAGAGGUGGCAAAAUGCAAGAAAAGUGAGGAGAGCAAACAAUGAUGCGAACUUGCAAGAAACAAUGGACAAAGAACUGGAUACCCACAGGCUUGAGCAUGGUCCCAAGACAAGAAAGAUACCUGGUGGAAGCAACAAUGAAGACGAGGAUGACGUGGAGGAUAUCAAUGUCGGGGAGGAUGACUUGAUGGAUGAUGUUCUGGUGGUUGAUGAUAACAGCAGGAGGGUUGAUGAGGUAGCCCAGCCAGAACCCAAUGAUACCAGCCCCCCCUCCUAAUCAGUAAUGAUUUAAGGCAUCAUGUUGCGUUCCUUAUAUCAGGUUAUCAUGUUGCUUAGUCUUUUUUGCUCUGUAUUUACUUGCUUUUGACUGGCUGUCACAUUGUUUAUUUCUCUCGUUAAUGUUAGAUCGUCAUGGUUUUUUUUGUAUUAGGAUAGACUGGUUCUCUUGUUUCCCUAUUGAUAUUGUACUACCCGUGUCUCUAGAAAUGGUCAUUUUAUUUGGUGUAUUUUCUACAAUCAUCAAUGCGAAGCUGUAGAUGAAUAAUUGCAUGCAGUAAA